AUUUUUUGCUUUACUGUUAAUAUUCAUAUAUUUAUUUAAAUUUUGAGGAUUCAACAAAUGGAUGAUGCACAAAAGUUCUCUGAUCAACGUUCCUACAAGUCCCUCGCUAGCCAUCACAUUACAUUUGAUGAAGUUUCUAAGCAAGUGCAUCACUUGAGGGAUGUUAUACUAUGGGACAUUCAGAGUGGAUUUGAGUCGCAAUGUCAAUGUUACGACCUGGAUGAAACGACUUUCUUCCAUCACUUGAUGUUCACGAAGUAUUGGUUUAUCCGCGUGUCGAGCGUCAACAAGAAACGAUUCUGCCUGAUGUUGCUUGAGCAGGACGUUCCGUGCGCUUGGACGCUGUCGCUGUUGUUGAAGUCUAUCUGGAAUUGUCGUCCGAAGGAUGCUGUUUCGUCGCACGCUGAACCCACUAUAUGGACCAGUUAUGAUCAGACUCCUUUGGACCACAACAGAGCGGCAGUACCUUUAGAGAUGCUUGUGGAAGUCAUGGAAGCAGAUCGGAGAUUUUUUCGAGCCCUAGACUCGAGUCGCAAAGCUGAGUUCUUGUCCGAGCUGCUCAAGAUCGCCGGUGGGCCCAUCGUGUGGGCGGUAUUUCACAAAGCCCAGACUAUUUUCGACGACUAUCGCGAGGACCAGCUGCAGAAUUUGCUGGAAUGUGCAGCGGUUAUUGAGGUGCAGGAGAGUUCCAUGAAAACGUCGAUGCCGGCUGACGAUAAGAGCAAGAAGGAUCAACCAAAACGUAAACUGUCUGCAAGUGGUACUGGUGGCGAUGGCGGGAUUUCUUAUACUGCUACUAAAGAUGCACACCUACAUUUGGAGACAUGUUUAGCUCAAUGGGCAUCUAUCAUCAAGUCUAUAAAAGACAGCCAAAAACUCGAGGAAGUCGAGAUGAUCUUCAGCGAUGGCACGAAGCAGAGGAUUUGGAAGAUCAACAGACCUAAACCGGAAGUCACCGAGACUGUGGGUUAUCUUCAGUUACUACCCCAAGCAGUGGCCAAGCGAAUAUUGAACUUCGUCCCCCGAGCACAGCUGCCCGAUUGUGCGCGGGUCAAUAGAUACUGGGCGUACCUCGUCGAAGAACUAAAAGCGGAGCUUGCUGCACGACUCAGAAUUGAUCUGGAGAUUGAGAAAUUAACGGAAGUAAUGCUCCGUCAUGAUACAAUAAACACGAUGAGUAUGGAAACCUUCAGAACGAUCACUAUGAACACGGGCUCUUACAGUGCUCUCGCGUCUCGUCAGUGUACUAAUAAGAAGCAGAAUUACUCCAAGCAGCCUAGUCAGAAGUCUGGGGCUACAAAUAUUUUUAAAUGCGUUUUGCGUGAUACGAAAAUUAAGUUGCCUCCAAUUCGUAAUCUAGCAGAGUUGUCUGAGAGGCUAGACCGCCGAGGCGCUGCCGACGACAGUUUGAGGGAUUGGUGCAAUGCUGUACUCACACAAUACAAUCGAAACAAGGAUGAAGGCAAUCUGCCCCCUAUAAGAUUAGAAUGUUCGGCAGAAGAUGUGGGGAUCAUGGAUUUUGCGGGAAUCACUUUCCCAUGUCCUUUGAUGGGAAUGAGCUUGAAUCUGCCGCUCAAACCGCCGCUAUACAAGGACCCUGCGGCUACACCGUACAAGAAAAAUAAAACUACGAACAUUAAUACCUCCAAAGUGAACUUUUCUAAAUUAUUCAAAAGGUCCUGCAAACGCUAUAACCUUUGGAGCCGAGACUUUUCAAGUCUUUAUACUGCUUCUAAAAUUGCAAGUUAUAAAUCCCCAGUUUAAAACAAUAAAGUCAUGUUCUGAAUUU